GUUCAUUGUUUUUCGGGGGGGAACUUUUUAGGCCCCUGUGUGGUGGCGGCCCUCUGCUCUCUUCCAUCAGCGUUCUCAGAGGUGGUGCCCUGGCGGGCAUACUCCUGAGCAGCCCCACUGUGUUGUUACUGAGAAGGGGAUGGCCAAAGUCCUGGGCGCAGGGAGCAGGGACCCUCCCUCACCGCAUGCCUGUGAGCCAGUGGGGAGGACCCUGGGGUGCUUCAUUCACGGCUGUGCCUCCAGCAGCCAGGACAGGGCCUGAUGUGCAGCCGGAUCAAUAAAGAUGCGUGGUGUGUGUGACUGAGCCAGUGCCAGCUGCCUGCAUAUGCCCAGGGGGAGAGCUGGGGACCCUGACCCGGGAAUGGAGCUAGGUUACCUUGGUGCUUCCCUGGCUGUCGCUCCCGCCCCGCCCUUUGACCUUCCUCCUCCUAGGGUCUCCAUUGUGAUUCAGACCUUUCAGCCCUGGGCUCAAUGAACUUUGUCCCCUUGGAGGCUGGACAAUCUGCAGGGGGAGGUCUUGCCCCCAGCUGUGUCUGGCGACCGAACCGCCCUGAACUGCCAGCUGGGAGAGCCUCGGGCUGUAUUUUCCUGCAGUUUGGGGUCUCCGCACUCCGCUAGAAAGCCUGGGCUGCCCUGGGGGCUGCCUGCCCCUUCCUCUGAGUACCGGGCUGGGUCGGGAAAAACCUGUCCGGGCAGGGGCCGGACUACAUCUCCCAGCGUGCCCAGCAGAGUGGUGGCCUCUGUGUUUGGCCGCACUGGUUGUGGGCGACAAUGUGGCGAGCAGGGAGCUGGAUGGCCUGGCUAGGCUCGAUCCUGCAGGCACCUCCCCGAGCCCUGGGCCGGUCAUUCAGUUGCGCACAGGACGCGCUCCGCAGGACGCCGCUCUACGACCUGCACCUGGCCCAUGGCGGGAAGAUGGUGGAGUUCGCCGGCUGGAACCUGCCUGUGCAGUACCGGGACAGCCACAUUAGCUCGCACCUGCACACGCGCCGGCACUGCUCGCUCUUUGACGUGUCUCACAUGCUGCAGACCAAGAUACUUGGUUGUGACCGGGUGAGGCUGAUGGAGAGUCUAGUGGUUGGAGACAUUGCGGAGCUAAGGCCAAACCAGGGGACACUGUCACUAUUCACUAAUGAGGCUGGAGGCAUUGUGGAUGACUUGAUUGUGACCAACACCUCUGAGGGACACCUGUACGUAGUGUCCAAUGCUGGCUGCCGGGACAAGGACUUGGCCCUCAUGCAGGCCAAGGUCAGGGAGCUUCAGAAUGUGGGCAGUGAUGUGGAUUUGGAAGUAGUGGAUAAUGCCCUGCUGGCCCUGCAAGGUCCCACUGCAGCCCAAGUGCUGCAGGCUGGCGUGUCAGACAACCUGGGGAAGCUGCCCUUCAUGAGCAGUGCUGUGAUGGAGGUGUUUGGCGUGCCUGAUUGCCGCGUGACCCGCUGUGGCUAUACAGGCGAAGACGGUGUGGAGAUCUCAGUACCAGCGGCAGAGGCAGUCCGCCUGGCAAAGGCUCUUCUGGACAACCCGGAGGUGAAGCUGGCAGGGCUGGCAGCGAGGGACAGCCUGCGUCUGGAAGCAGGCCUCUGCCUGUAUGGCAAUGACAUCGAUGAGCACACCACCCCUGUGGAGGGCAGCCUCAGUUGGACAUUGGGGAAGCGUCGCCGAGCUGCCAUGGACUUCCCUGGAGCCGAAGUCAUUGUCCCCCAACUGAAGGGCAAGGUGCAGCGGAGGCGUGUGGGGUUGAUAUGUGAGGGCCCCCCAAUGCGGGCACACAGCCCCAUUCUGAGCACGGAGGGGACUGUAAUUGGUACUGUGACCAGUGGCUGUCCCUCGCCCAGCCUGAAGAAGAAUGUGGCGAUGGGUUACGUGUCCAGCCAGUACAGUCGCCCGGGGACCUCGGUGCUGGUGGAAGUGCGGCGGAAGCAACAGGUGGCUGUGGUCAGCAAGAUGCCCUUCCUUCCUACAAGCUACUAUACCCUCAAGUGAGAGGCUCAGGAUUGGGGGGGGGGGUACCCUCCCACAGCCAGGCCCUAGAGGACAGUCUCCAAGUGGUGAGUUAGGAAGCUGAGGCAGGAUCUGGAGAGGCUGGGGUGAGGCUGGCUCUGGUUAUCUGGUUGAGGAAGGCUAUACCCUCUACCCUCUAUGCCCCUCCAGCUCCAGGACCCCUUUUUGAGCCACACACUCGUCAACCCAAGAUUGUUUUCCCACCAGCUCUCCCUCCCGUUCCGCCAGCCCCUGGCUGUGGAGGAGAGGCUCACCUGGCCAGCCUGUCAGUUUGUGGCUCACAUUACCAAGGGCUAGUACACAGAAAGGCCACCCCUUCCUGUAGGAUACAGACGGAUUUUUCCCCAGGUUGUCUCCCCAUAUAUGCCAAACCUAAGAUACUGCUUUGCUAACACACGGUUGGUCAAUGUCUUACACGCGGAGGUCAUCUGCUUAAAGGUUAUCUCCCUGAGGGUAUCAGCCAUCUAGAACAAUCAGACCUUAUAGUCUGCCCCACCCUAGGUGGGACCCACUCCCUGCUAAGGAUAGUGGAUUGGAUUGCCUUCCUAGAGAGCCCAAAGACAAGGUCAAGUCAACUGAAGGAGGACCAAGGUUAGGCUGCCAUCUUGAAUCUAGGUCCGCCCAUCUUGUCACAGUGUACCCCCUAGCUCUCCCCUUUCUGUCUUGCCUAUUCCUGUUACAUGUGGUUACCUGUAAUUGGCUUGCAUGCCCCUAAAUGUAUCUAAGUGGUGACUGGAGAUAGAUUCACGCUCUUUGCGCAGACCUGGCUGCUGAGAUUGUGGCUGUCCGGGAGGUGAGCGCUUGCAUGCUUGAUCUUGUCUGUGGUCUCUUUAAUUUCACCCCUCCAUUACGCAAUCGCCCACCUUUGGACCCGCUCGAUUGUGGGGCUGGUACCCCACACCUUUCCAUUUGCCUUUCUCUGUAAAUGUAAACUGUUGCCUCUCCCUGGGGAAGAAUGCUUCCUGACUCACCGAGGGCUGGCCCCAAACACGGACUCGAGCUUCUCACUCCCAAAAUGCCUCAGCCGGCCACCCGGUCGCAGAUGAAUCAUGGCGAGCUCACCAGCUGUCCUGAGCCUCGGGGCUGCUGUAUGACGGGGCUGGGUUUCCUCACAGACUUGCCUUCCCCUGGGCUGACCUUUGCCCCUGGGGUCGACUAUACCAACUCCUGGAAGAAAUUAAAUGAGCUUCCUUCCUGAUUUGCCACA